GUGUGUGUGUGUGUGUGUGUGUGUGUGUGUGUGUGUGUGUGUGUGUGUAGAGAGAGAGCCACAUAGACUGAGCCCCAACACAGAGCAUGCCUCUGCGUCCGGCAGCCGGCAAACAUGAGCCACCCAGCUCUCCACGGCAGGACCAGCAGCAGCACACACACACUCACACACACACACCACCUUACACACACGCAGCAAACGGCAGCCAGGGGGCCGGCUCUGACAGCAGCAGCUCCCGGGAAGAGGACAGCGGUGCUCCCGUCGCUCACGGCGUUCCGGCUUUCAGUCCCAGUGGACAGCGUGGCCACAGUGUACGAGCACCCAUGGAGGAGCCGACAGGCAACACUGUGGUGAUCCGCAUUGGAAUCCCAGACCUACAACAGACGAAAUGUUUAAAAUUCAACGUGGAUGCUCCAAUCUGGCUGUCCAAGCAACGAAUCCUGUGUACACUCAACCAGAGCUUGAAGGAUGUACUCAACUAUGGCCUGUUCCAGCCAGCUUACAAUGGCAAGGCUGGCAAGUUCCUGGAUGAGGAAAGACAGCUUAGGGAAUACCCCUUCCCAUCGUUUGCUCCUGUUCCUUACCUGGAGUUCCGCUACAAAAGACGCGUCUACACUCAGACCUACUUGGAUGAAAAGCAGUUGUCAAAGCUUCACACUAAGGCAAACCUGAAGAAGUUUAUGGAGUAUGUGCAACAAAGGAGCAACGAAAAGGUCUCAAGGUUCCUGGAAAAAGGCCUGGACCCUAACUUCCAUGAUCCAGACACGGGAGAAUGUCCACUUACGCUGGCUGCACAGUUGGAGGGUUGUGCAGAGCUCAUCAAAGUGCUGAAAAAUGGAGGGGCACAUCUGGACUUCAGAACAAAAGAUGGCAUUACAGCCCUGCACAAGGCUGUGCGCAGCAAGAACCACACAGCACUUAUAACGCUGCUAGACUUGGGUGCAUCGCCUGAUUAUAAGGAUAGUAGAGGGCUGACUCCUCUUUACCACAGCUCAAUGGUAGGAGGAGACCCCUACUGCUGUGAACUGCUGCUACAUGAUCACGCACAGGUCGGCUGUGAGGAUGAGAAUGGCUGGCAGGAGAUACACCAGGCGUGUCGUUAUGGCCACGUGCAGCAUCUGGAACACCUGCUGUUUUAUGGAGCUAACAUGAGUGCCCAGAAUGCAUCAGGAAACACCGCCCUGCAUGUGUGUGCUCUCUACAACCAGGAUAGCUGUGCACGAGUUCUUCUUUUCCGAGGAGCAAAUAAAGAGAUAAAGAACUACAACAGCCAAACUGCUUUUCAGGUGGCUAUUAUAGCUGGAAACUUUGAUCUAGCAGAAAUCAUUAAGGUGCACAAAGUGUCAGAUGUUGUGCCUUUCAGGGAGACUCCCUCUUAUACAAACCGCCGACGAAUGACAACUGGCCCCCUGCCCUCACCACGCUCUCUGCUCCGCUCGGCGAGCGACAACAACCUGAACGGCGACCACGAUCACAUCCAUCCUCCGCCUCAGCGAGAAGCCCGCGGCCGCCAGGGUCACUCCCCUGUUCCCUCGCUGCGCAGUCUCCCAGCUUUCGGGCAACUGCACAGCAGCCUCGGAGAAAGUCGUUAUGGAGAGAUCCCUGACAGCAGUCUCCAGAGUACUGGCAGCUCCAGAUCAUCCCACUCUCGCUCACCUUCACUACAUCACAUGCAUGAAGAGGACAAGCUGGUCCCCAGACGGUCCCACAGCCACGGCUACCCCCAUGGACAUGGUCCACGUGGACGACUCAGCCCUGGCUCAGUGCAGCGGGACCCAAGCCCACCUCAUCACACCCCUCCAGCACUGAUAGGCCCCCGUGGGCCCAAACGGAAACUCUACAGUGCUGUCCCAGGACGUACCUUCAUCGUGGUCAAGCCCUACACCCCGCAGGGGGAGGGAGAAAUCCAGCUGAACCGUGGAGAACGUGUCAAAGACUUUGACAGUAAUGACGUAGAAGCUACACCAGAGGAGCCUCUCUACAAUGAGAUCAGACUGGAUGGCUGUCUGGACUCAGAUGCUGACACUACAUGCACUGAAGAGUCUGAAGAUUACACCAGUUGUGAUGAUGAAUAUGAAGUGCUAAGUAUAGGUGAAGGAGGUUUCUGGGAAGGCACGGUCAAAGGGAGGACAGGCUGGUUCCCUGCAGACUGCGUGGAAGAAGUUCAGAUGAGACAGUACGACCCAAGGCUUGAGACUCGGGAGGACCGCAAUAAGAGACUGUUCAGACACUACACUGUGGGAUCUUAUGACAACUUCACCUCAUACAGCGACUACAUCGUAGAGGAGAAGAAUGCUGUUUUACAAAAGAAGGACAAUGAGGGGUUUGGUUUUGUCCUGCGGGGAGCCAAAGCUGAGACUCCCAUUGAAGAGUUCACCCCCACCCCAGCGUUCCCUGCCCUGCAGUAUUUGGAGUCUGUGGACGUGGAGGGAGUGGCCUGGAGGGCUGGUCUCAGGACAGGGGACUUCCUUAUUGAGGUGAACGGGGUGAAUGUGGUGAAGGUGGGCCAUAAGCAGGUGGUGUCUUUAAUACGGCAGGGGGGCAGCAGGCUCCUGAUGAAGGUUGUUUCUGUCACACGCAAACCUGAAUCUGAAGAAGUCGUUCGCAAAAAAGCGCCCCCUCCACCUAAGAGAGCUCCCAGCACCACCCUGACACUGCGAUCCAAGUCCAUGACCGCUGAACUGGAGGAGCUGGCAACUGCUCGGAGGAGAAGAGGAGAGAGACUUGAUGAGAUGUUGGCAUCACAAGAAUCUAUGUUGCAUUCUCAACCCCCGGAGGCAGAUUACAGAGCAGCCACUGUCAAACAACGGCCUACCAGCAGGAGAAUAACACCAGCAGAGAUCAGUUCACUGUUUGAGAGGCAAGGGAUGACUCUACACGGAGGUCUGCACCCAGGGAUUGAGAGAGGUCACAUACCACUUUCUAAAGGCAUGUCCAGGACCAAGUCUUUUGGUGCCACAGAGGAGGAUCGAUUGUCUGCUCUUGCAGGCGAGCACAGAUUUCCUCGCAGCUCCUCUAUGACAGACAGCCUCCGUGACCACUCACAACCCCAUCCCAUCCCUCCUCCUCCGCAAACUGCCCCUCCGCCGCCUCCUUACUACCUAGACACCGGUCCGCCCCCAGCUUUCUGCCCUCCUCCGCCUCCGUCGAGAACCCAGAGUCAGGGCCACGAGCCUGGAGGGCGAUCCAGCUUCAAGCCGUCCUCCUUGGACCUGCCUUACGAGGCUGCACAGCGACAGGCCACACACCUCGAGAGGCAGAAGAAAGCUCGCUCAAUGAUCCUCCUGCAAGACUCUUCCCAUCUACCUGUAGAGCCAACGGAAAUCCCCCGACCCUCUGCUGCGACUCCUCCCGAGCGAAUCAAAAGGAAGGGGAGAGUUAUCGACAACCCUUACGCAAAUGUGGGUCAGUUUAGCAUUGGACUGUACACACCCACAAAACCCCAAAGAAAGAAGAGUCCCCUGGUGAAACAGCUACAGGUAGAAGAUGCACAAGAAAAAGCUAGUUUGGCCUUAGCUGCUGCCCACUCGCGAGACAGCUCACCCUCAGGACGAUUCCCACAUACCCACGGGCACACUCACACCAGUCGUGUAGACUACUACCAGCAGCAGCUUAUGGCUGAGCGAGAACGCUUGCGUGCCCAAGGAGAGAUCCUCUUUCAAGGUAAAGGCCCCUUUGCUGCUGCGAUAGCCGGAGCAGUGAAAGACCGUGAGCGUCGUCUAGAAGAGCGAAGAAAAUCCACUGUCUUCCUUUCUGUUGGGACCAUGGAGGGCUCAUCCCCAACAAGCCCGGAUGCCCCCUCUUUGACUCAGUCUCACUCUGUUGAUGAACGUAUGCUAACCCGAGAGCUGGGACAGCUUCCUCCCCCUGCCUUGUCUCUGAGCCCCUCACCUAGUGGAACCACCUUUAUCCACCCACUUACAGGAAAGCCUCUGGACCCAAACUCACCACUGGCUCUUGCGCUGGCCGCAAGGGAGAGAGCGCUGACCUCUCAGAGUCAGUCCCCAACUAGCAGCCCAGAGCCUCGGACUAAACAAGAGCGAAUAGGCCAGGGUGUAAUGUUCGCUGACACUCAGACCAAAGAGUCUCCACAUGGGGAUGGGGUAACAGCAUCCCCCCCUUUUUCACCUAAAAGCGCCAAGGCAGCAGGGUACGAAGCUCGAUCCUCCCCAGCAUCGAUUUUAGCGCCUCAGUCUACCAAACCACAAUGGGCUACAUCAUCCUCACCUAUAUCGUUCCGCCAAGAGAUGGAAGCUAGAAUAGAGGAGAGAAAAGAGGAAAAAAGACUAGAGGAUAAAAAAAGCAUGCUGAUCAGCAUUAUGGAUACAUCGCAGCAGAAGACAGCAGGGCUGAUCAUGGUUCAUGCUACCAGUAAUGGUCAGGCUGUUGGAGUGACUUCAGAACCUGAAAAGACACCUGUGCCUGCAUCCAUGGAUCCUAGCAAAUCUCCGAGUCCACGGGCUAAAUCACCUGUCCCCUCUGUGGCGCAGCCACAGACACAGCUCCACGUUCUGCCUCACGCUCAGCGUCCUGCCAGUCCGGCCCAAGAAAAGAGUCUGGCUCAGGGAAGCUCCGAGGAGGAUGUGGAUCAGUACGCAGUGGCUCUGCCACCUGCUAUGCUGUCCUCCAGUGAUGAGGAGACGAGAGAAGAGCUACGAAAGAUCGGAGUUGUUCCUCCACCGGAUGAGUUUGCAAACGGGUUGUUAGCACAGGGUCAGGGGAGAGCAGUGUCUCCUGCUAUACUUGCCACCUCCCCUGUCACGCCGACGACAUCAGCCCCACAAACCCCCUCAACCCCAACAACCUCGACUGUGACUACAACCCAGCUUCAACCACCACCCCCACCACCACCUCCAUCCAGUGCAGCAACCGUCUCAGGGAAGCCCUCUGAACCUCUGGAGCCCCCACCGGUGGGUGAGUCUGGCUCAGCAGCUGAUUCGGGUGUGGAGGAGGCUGACACACGCAGCUCCAGCGAGAGAGAGCGAGACUACCAUCUCGAGACCACCAGCACUGUCUCCACGGUAUCCAGCAUGUCCACGUUGUCCUCAGAAAGUGGCGAACCAGCUGACACACACACCACACACACCUCCUACGCCGACGGUCAGACUUUUGUGCUUGAUAAGCCACCAGUGCCUCCUAAGCCCCGGCUGAAGUCCCAAAUAGGAGGCAGUAAAGGCCCCGUCACCUUCAGGGACCCUUUACUGAAGCAGAGCUCUGACAGUGAGCUGCUAUCACAGCAACAAGCCGCUGCUCUGGCUGCUGCUGCGGCUGGAGGAGCGGGGCUCCCUGCAGGUGGUUCUGCUUCAGUGACUGGUCUAGCCCCAUCCAGGCCGCGCUAUCUCUUCCAGCGGAGGUCCAAGUUGUGGGGGGACCUCGUCGAGCCCCGAGGACCAGGGAUCGGCUUGGGUAUAGGGAGUUUGGGUAAUCUUGGUGGGCUGGGACUUGGGUUGGGUGCAGAUGAGGGUGCAAAACCAUCUGUUAUGGGUGAGCUCAGUUCACGACUACAGCAGCUAAGCAAAGACACCAGGUCACUGGGUGAAGAACCCCUGGGAGCCUCACUUGACCCGGGAAGAAAGUCACCUGUGGCAGGUGCCAGACUUUUCAGCAGCCUAGGUGAGCUCCACACCCUUUCUCAGCGAAGCUACGGAACCACAUACACCAUUCGCCCUGGCAGCCGUUACCCCGUCACCCGACGCACCCCUAGCCCAGGCUCACCUGAUCGGGGCGACCCCCUCGGACGCUUCUCGGGCUUCGGUCUGUCUUCACCAACCACACCUCCACAAACCAUCCUUAAGUCCUCUAGUCUCAGCUUACCGCAGGAGCCGAAAGAGGUGCGUUUUGUCAUGAGGAGCUCCAGUGCCCGUUCUCGCUCUCGUUCGCCGUCGCCUUCUCAUUCGCCGGGGUUAGGCUCGCCGCUUUUAGCCCUGCGCCCGUUUCACCAGAAGCCCCUCCACCUCUGGAACAAGUACGACGUCGGAGACUGGCUCGAGAGCAUCAAUCUGGGGGAGCACAGAGCGGGCUUUCAGGAACACGAAAUCGAAGGCUCUCACCUCCCGGCUCUGACCAAGGAUGACUUCGCCGAGUUGGGAGUGACACGAGUCGGACACCGCAUGAACAUCGAACGAGCACUAAAACUGCUGCUAGAGAGCUGACCCCUGCCCUGAGACAGAGCAACCGAUGGAGAGAGGUGAAGAUGGGUAAUACGGAGAGCUGAGAAUGCUCCUUUUUUUCUUUUCUACUUUGGCUGCUUUAAUGUUCAGUAUUGCGGUCUGUAGCGUCACUUUACAUUUCUGUUCUGCAUUAACACCCUGCACCUGGCACUGCACUGAAGAGGAGGCGGCGAUACGCUUACAAAGUACAUUCAUCCUCCUCUGCUUGGUCUGACCCACCUCCCUGCUGGAGCCAAUUAGAUCAGACCUCAAAAUGAUAUCUGAUCUUGACUUGCGACGGAGAAUCACACGAGCUCCAAUUUGGUCAUUUGAUUUGCGAAGUGUUUAGUUGUUUCUUUAGUAACACCUAAACUUUCUCAUGAUACCCUCUCUACCUCUGCCCCCACAUGUAUUAGGCCUCUGAAAACCUUUGGCAGUUUGAGUAAAGGAGCAGGAAGAGUUUUAUUCCAAACAGAAAGCUCAGUUGCCUUUCAGAAAAAAAAAAGUAUUUAUACUAAAAUCAACCUUGAUGAACACAGUGCUAUGGAAAUAGUGCUUACACAGCUUUGAAAAGGUGUGUCUUCUGUAUACCUGCUACUGUUUUUAAACUGAAGACUUUAGAGCCCAGAGGUGGAGAUCCGCAGUGAGAAAACCCCUCUGCCUUGGUAAUCAGACUGUGCAAUCUAUAAUGUUUGGAGAAUGUUUAAACAACACUCGUGUCUUUUUUCAUAUUUAUUUAUUAAUUUUAAUUUUUUAUUUUGGUUUUCCAAA